AUGGCACAGCAGCUUGUUUGCGCGCCCGAGAAGGAAGAGGUGAACCGACACAGGAUCGGAUCGCUUAAAAAAGGGGGCCAUCGCGAGAGAGCAAAGUCACCGCCGAAAAAGCACGGCAUGAUACUCUUCCAGGCGUUCCAGCUCCUCGACGUGUUGCAGCGGCGCCACGAACUGGUCCUCCACCUGCUCUCCGACACCCUCGAGCCGAUAACGUCGCAGCCCAAGACCCCCGGCCAUGAAUCCCAAGGACUCCUCUUUUUUUCCCCGCUGUGCUGCCCACGCACACCUACGACGACGCGCUCGUCGACCUCGACGUCCUCCUCGUUCAUCGCCAAGGCGUACCCGCGGCUGGACUACCUCGUGGCGAUCUGCACCGGCGUAGGACUAGCGGCCAAGGCAGGCGUCCUGGACGGGAAGAGAGCGACGACAAACAAGGCGUCGUGGGAGAGAAUCGUUCCUUCGGGGCCCAGGGUCAAGUGGGAGCGUCGUGCGCGGUGGACGGUGGACGGCAAGUUGUGGACGUCGUCGGGCGUCACGGCCGGGCUGGACAAUGACGCUGGCAGGCGAAUAGAAAUUGCGAAUCCACUGGAAUAUGAGAGGAACACUGAACCGGACGGAGAUCCGUUCGCCGAUGUCUUCAAAGAGGCAGCAUGA